GCGGAAGUACCGGCCCCUUAGGCCCCGCCUUCAAGAUGGCGGCGCCCAGUGCGCGGGGUCGCGACGUGCUUCGGUUCCACAGCGGGUUAUAGCGUGGGCGGUGUUUCCGGGCCAUGGACCGGCCCGGCUUCACGGCCUCGCUGGUGGCUGGUGGGGUAGCAGGUGUCUCUGUUGAUUUGAUAUUAUUUCCUCUGGAUACCAUUAAAACGAGGCUGCAGAGUCCCCAAGGAUUUAAUAAGGCUGGUGGUUUUCAUGGAAUAUAUGCUGGCGUUCCUUCUGCUGCUAUUGGAUCCUUUCCUAAUGCUGCUGCCUUUUUCAUCACCUAUGAUUAUGUGAAAUGGUUUUUGCACACUGAUUCAUCUUCACAUUUGAUGCCUGUGAAGCACAUGUUGGCUGCCUCUGCUGGAGAAGUGGUGGCCUGCCUGAUUCGAGUUCCUUCUGAAGUAGUUAAGCAGAGGGCACAGGUUUCUGCUUCUUCAAGAACAUUUCAGAUUUUCUCUAACAUCUUAUAUCAAGAGGGCAUCCCAGGAUUGUAUCGAGGCUACAAAAGCACAGUUUUAAGAGAGGUUAUGUCUUCCCUAUUGUAUAUCCAUGAAUUAUUUAAUACUUCUAUUUGAAAAAUGGAAUGAUGACCUGGUUAAAAAUCACUUUGGGAGGAAGUUUGUCUUCUUCAGAGGGUAAACUAUGUCUUUUUCCCUAUGGAAGGUCUCUGUUUAGAAGAGACUAUGAUACGUCUUACUUGAGCAACCAAGAUCUUGUGGAAGUUACACUUUCUUGCUGAUUUACCUGUUGGUUCACACAAUUGUUAAUUGAUCUUAAUCAUUAAGUUUUGGGCUCGUUUUGACUGAGUGAAAACACCAGAC